AAAUUGACGAAAGUUUGCCAAAAUUUGCAGCAGUGGCGUAUUGGUGUUGACAAGCUAUCUACUUGAUCUCCACCUUCUUUCUUUCUCUCUUCCUUCCUUCCUUCCUUCCUCCGUUUUCUCCCUCGGGGAAUUCAUCGCUCCAUGGCUCUUCCUCAGAAUCACUACCAACAACACUAUCAAUCUCAACACCAACAGCAACACCAAUCUAUAUCUUUUCGCAACUUGUACACGGCCGAUGGUCAUGUUUCUCAACCGAUCUCCUAUUUCAACUCCUUUAAUUUGCAGGAUCAUUCCCAGCAUCCUCCCUACGUUCCUCCAUGUACAGCCCCUGGUCAGGAUGCUAGUGAUGGUGUAGCAGAUUUACACUGGAUGUAUGGCAUUGAACCCAAGAAGAAGAGAUUGAAAGAGCAAGAUCUUUUUGAGAAUAAUUCCCAAAUAUCAUCCAUUGAUUUCUUGCAACAACGUCCAGUUUCUACAGGACUGGGUUUAUCUCUUGACAACACUCGUAUGGCUUCGACCGGAGACUCUCCUUUGGUUUCUCUUGUAGGUGAUGACAUCGAUCGUGAAUUGCAGCAACAGGACGAAGAAAUUGAGAAGUUCCUCAAAGUUCAGGGUGAUAGGCUACGGCAUUCCAUAUUAGAGAAGAUCCAAGCGAAUCAACUCCAAACUCUCUCGAUUGUAGAGGAAAAGAUAAUUAAAAAGCUACGAGAAAAAGAAGCUGAGGUGGAGUGUAUUAACAAGAAAAACAUUGAGCUAGAACAGCGAAUGGAGCAGCUUUCAGUGGAAGCUGGUGCUUGGCAGCAGCGUGCUAGGUAUAACGAGAACAUGAUCACAGCCCUGAAGUUUAAUCUUCAGCAGGUGUAUGCUCAAAGCAGGGAUAGCAAGGAAGGAUGCGGGGACAGCGAGGUUGAAGACACUGCAUCGUGCUGCAAUGGCCGGACGCUUGAUUUUCAACUGCUUCGUAGCAACAGCAAUGAUGUGAAGGAGUUGAUGUACUGUAAGGCUUGCAGGGUUAAUGAAGUGUGCAUGCUUUUGUUCCCUUGUAAGCAUCUCUGCCUGUGCAAGGAUUGCGAAAGUAGGCUUACAUUUUGCCCUGUGUGUCAAUCUUCGAAAUUCGUAGGGAUGGAAGUUUAUAUGUAAAGGGAUAAUUUGUGUACCACCCAAAUAUAUGCUAAAUUCAUAUACAUUUCUCUUGUGAUAA